ACCGGCUAACCAAUCCUACAAUGAUGAAGGUACUCGUCAGCAUCGCCCUUUUGGCGGCCGUGGUUCUCGCCGAGCCGCCGAGGUUCAGUCCGCAGUACCAGCAGCAGAGACAAUAUUACUUCGCUCGUCAGCAAGAGGAGACGGCCGAUAACGCUCCUUACUCCGCGUCGGGCUGGAAACCGGCGGGGCCAGCUUUUAAUUUGCCGGAAAGACAAUUCGCCGGCGCUCAGCAGUCUCAGCAGCAAUACGGUGCACCGACUGCGCCUCAGCAGCAAUACGGAGUUCCACCCGGUCCUCAGAGAGAAUAUGGAGUGCCAAGCGAGUCCACGACGACCGAGAACCCUAACAAUGACGACGAAGAGGUAUCCACCGUUCAAGGCAUCUCUUCACCGGAGUCCGAGGCCGCGAACGCGGCGAACGAAUUCGAGGACGAAGACCAGGAUGAAAAGCAGCAACCGCAGCAGAUCGGGGAGUACUACGUGGCCCUUCCCGACGGCCGUCUUCAGCGCGUCCGAUACGCCAGUCGUCAGGACGUCGAGGCUAUGAAGUACUUCGCCAAGAUCCGUGCCGAGAACGUGGAACCCCUUCGCGGACCGAUCUACGCGUACGCGCCACUGCAGAAGCUGCAGAUAGUACCGGCCGGCUUGCAAGCGUCUGUCGCACCUGCGGAGCGGACCAACAACAAGCCGCAGAAACUCGAGAUCGAGCCGGUGGCAGCGCAGGUGCAGUACCAAUACGACAACCCCUCGAGCGUGGUACCGUUGGCCAACCCUCUCAGCGCUACCUACACCACCUACACGACGAACUAUCAAGUACCAGCCGGCGACUCUAGAUUCCUCCUCACCUUCCAGUAAAUCGGCCGGAACAUUCGACACGAUUUCACUCGCGCCUCAUAAAUAUAUGUUGCAUUGUGCAUGUUGCGUAACUUGUUGAUAAGUGCGGAUUCACGGUUAA